UGUUGCAGCAGCAGCAGCACAACACGAGGAGCGCGCGCGGACAGCGUCCGAGAAAAUAGUUACGAUAUAUAGAUAUAGGUACGGGCUGCUUUCAGCACAGUGAUACGAGCGGCCAGAGUUAGCGGUCCGUAUCACCGUACAUUACGUAUAUACAUCACCCUCGUCCGCACUACUGCAAGCAAGCCACGAGGUGUACUCAAUAAUAAUAGUCGGCCAGCAACGAGGGCUGUCACCGAGCGUCGUCUGCAAGUUUUUAAAUUUAGUGGCGCGCAUCGAGCUGCAGGUGGAGCGACGGUCGAGUCCGAGCGCAGCAGCAGCAGGCCUGGCAAGAUGUCUCCACUCUCAAAGCCUCGCGACGUAUAGUAGUCAACACGCUAGCCAAAGCGGCCGAUCAAUGAAACGGCCGAGCGCCCGAGCCUCGCCAGCAGUAGCAGCAGCAGCAGUCUACAUCUACACAUUACGGAGCGAGUGGGGCGCACUUUAGUUCGCGCGCAGACCGCCCGUUCACUGUCCCGUGCAGAGGGGCCUCGAUCGCUGGCGCUGCCUCCGUCAGCGAGCGCAUAUAAACGUAUAGUAGUCUGCUCUCGCUUCCAGCAGUAUACUACAUACAUACAUACAUAUAUAGUGCACAGCAGCAGCAGCCCAGUGUGUACAUAUAGUGUACUGGAGUCGUGUGCUGGUGUGUGGGUGUUUCGGGAGCCCGAGUCGUGUGCCAGCCAGUAUAAGCUCGUGUGCGUGCGUGUGAAUGCGAGCGAGCCAAGCUUGUGUGCGUGCUCGUCGUGCGUAUAUACGUGCCCCAAAGUGUCGUGUGUGCUACGCGCUGCUAGCUUGUGCUGGCCCGUGGGUAAGUCGCUGCUGCUGUAACCCAGCAGACGGUGUGUGUGCCGUGGUUGUUGUUGUUGUUGUUGUUGUUGAGUGCAGUGUCCAGAAGGGUCCCGCGGCCCGGCUGAAUGGGCCAUGGGCAAGGACCAGGAGCUGCUCGAGGCGGCCAGGAACGGCAACGUAGCCGUCGUCGAUAAGAUCCUGGGACAACGUGCGAAGAGGAGUGGUCCCCUUGCAAGAGGAAUUUUUCGUUACAGUUUACGCAGAGGUCCUGGUGCUAAUGUACAAGAUUCUAGUGGUUAUUCGGCGCUUCAUCAUGCAGCUCUUAACGGUCACAGGGAAGUGGUGAAGUUGCUUUUGCAAUACGAAGCAUCGACCAAUAUAGUCGAUUCGAAGGGCUCGUCUCCGCUUCAUUUAGCAGCAUGGUCCGGCAACUCGGAAAUAGUGAAAUUAAUUCUGACUCAAGGACCAUCAGUGCCAAAUGUCAACCUACUGACCAAGGAUACGGAGUCGCCAUUGCAUUGCGCUGCACAGUACGGACACACAGAAGUCGUAGGCCAAUUGUUACAGGCAGGAUGCGAUCCUAGUAUCCGCAACAGCCGAGGGGAAUCGGCGCUGGAUUUAGCUGCUCAGUAUGGCAGGUUGGAAACAGUCGAGUUGUUGGUACGAGCUCAUCCUGAAUUAAUUCAGUCUCUGCGAAGUUCCUCAUCUUCAUUGAUCUUCCCUCACACACCUUUACAUUUAGCAUCACGCAAUGGGCACCGUGCCUGCGUGGAGGUGCUACUCGACGCGGGGGUGGACGUCAACACGCGGACAUCGGCGGGCACGGCGCUGCACGAGGCCGCCCUGUGCGGCAAGGUCGAAGUCGUGCGGACGCUGCUGGACCGCGGCGUCGACCUCAACAUCAAGGACUCCCGGCGCAACACGGUGCUCGAUUUACUCAGCCAAUUCCCGGCUCACGUUACGCAGGACAUAACGGCUGUUAUCAAACGUUACCGUUUAUCUUCUGGAAUUGAAUGCGACGGAGACAGCGAGAAUCUGCCGCCGAUACCGGUUCAGCGCAAUGAAUCAGUCAGCAGUCCGUACGAGAACGUGCGGCCGGGCGACGAUUAUUCCCCGGCGGAAGGAUCAUCGCCCACGAGGUGGCCGGCCUACCACAAGCCUCGAGAUUUUGAGGAGGACGAUUAUUACGGCGAAACGUUGGACGUCGGGGCAUGGCAAUACCUCAGUAGUCGCCAGCGCACCGAGGACGGCUCCGAUCUCAGCUCCGUCUUUGACAGUGUUCUUAUGUCCAUGUCCGACACAUUGAAUUCGAUUAAUACCCUUGCAUCAGAUCAAACACCCGAAGACAGACCAUCAUAUAACACUAAUUUGAUCACAACACCGUCACGAGACACUCUACGGAAUUCGGAUAGCGGCCUGUACCAGACUCCACCGGCCCCGAGAGCCCUGACGGACACGACGAGCGCCGGCUACGCCUCGGAGGAUCAGCUGUCGAUGACGUUGCCGGGCAGCGGAUACUACGGCUACUCCGCCGCGUCUCGCGAGUCCGAUCAACUGAGCGUCUCCUCGUCGUCGAGCUUCGGUGGACCGAGCCCGCGGGAACGACGCUGCGUGCCCACCAGCGCCACCGGCAUUUACCUGCCGAUGGCUCCGCUCAGCAGCAGUCAAGCGACGAGCAACAAAAUAUCGAAUGGCGGCAUGCCGUCGAAUUUACAGCCCACACCGCCGAAGAAGCCACCCCGUCGCAAUCUGUCCGUGUCGCCGACGCACACACAGGCAUCGACUCAGAGCGAUGGCCAGCCAACGCCGAUGAACUACGAGUACAUGUUCAUGGCGAGAACCGGCCGAGGCCACAACGCACCGCUCCUCGAUCUCGAGGAGCUGCAGACGCGGCGCCAACAGCUGCGUCACGUGACGCGCAGCGUCGACCAGUACGUGGACAUGAAGUCGAACUUUGGCCAUCAGCGGAAUCACAGUCAGGAUAGCAAGAAGGCGGACAGCGACGUCGAGCCGGUUGCCAUCACGGCGAUCACGGAUGGCAAUCGUUCAUUGAGGAUAGCGAAUCCGCGGAGAAAAUUGCGCAGACACACGUACGGUCGUUCGAGCUACGAGAAUCACUCGGUGCAGCAGCAGGAUGCCAGCGACAAGUCGCCGUGCAACAGCGAGCCUGGUGCCCCUCGAGAUCGUACCUACAUCUCCAACGCCUUCAUCGCGGUCAAAUCGUCGCAGGAGAGCUUGGUCGACGAGUGCGAAAAAACCACUCCUCGUCCAAAGGAGCAACCGGCGACACCACAAAAACAGCAGCAGCAACAGCCACAAGAGGUUUGCACCGACAAACGCCUGAAACGAGUGCAGAAUCUGCAGAUACCUACCAGUCCGACGCAUUAUGCACAACCACCAACGCCCGAUCAUCCACCGCCAUCGGCUAUUCAAGCCGAAAAGUCCAUCCACGACCGAAUUCGUCCGCUGAGUGAGGUCUACAAGCGGCGCUCGCGCGACAUGGAGACGGAGACGGAGGAAGAGCUGCUGGUUCAGUUCCCAGCCGCCAACGCCAACAACAGCACGAACAACGCCUCGCUCGACGCGUCGUCGGGCUCGCUCUCCUCGGUCUCGCUCUCCGACAAGAGCAUGUCCACAGACAAUGUCGAAGAGUACUUUGGCGACGUGCCCUUUGCAGGCCUCCUGAAAGGCUCGAUCUCGACGGCGGAGCGUCCACGCACGCUGCGUCGAUUACGCAACGUCUACUCGCCGGCCGGGGAAGGCGGCUGCGGGGUCAUGGGCACCGGGGCCGACAUCCUGGCCGGCAACAACGAUCAUCAGCGAGAUCACGACGCGAUGAAUAACCACCAUCAUCAUCAUCGUAACAAACGCGACGAGGCGGCCACCACCAACGGUGGCAGUGGCGGUAACGGCGACGCGUCCGACCGGGACCAUCAGCAGCAGUCGCAAGACGACAAGUCCCUCGCCCUCAUGAGUCCCUUCGACGAGCAGGAGGAGUGGGCCAAGAUAUCCGAGAUCAUGGCGACCUUCGGCACUAGUCUCGUUCGAGAAUCCGUUUUCGUUACCGAACUCGAGCGAGAGUUUCAAAGUAGGCUCAGCUUCAACUCCGACACAGACAGUCCCUGCGUAAUGACGUUGGUGGGCCAAUGGUUGUCGAAAUUAAACUUGGCAGACUACGAAUCGGCCUUCAUAAACUACGGCUUUGACGAUUUGGAAUUCAUCAACGGCGUCAUCGAAGAAUCGGACCUCGACGAGAUGGGCAUCAACAGCGAGAACGAUCGCGCGGCGAUCAUGGAAGCGGCGGCGCAGCUGAACAAUCGCGUGGAGGCGCGCACAGGCUCAAACGUCGCGCAGACCGUGGACGACUGGCUGAAAUCGAUACACUUGGAGAGCUACGCAGAGCUCUUCAGGCGACACCUCUACACGGACAUGGACAAGGUGCGCCGAGUCUGGGAGGUGGAGCUCGCGGCCGUGCUAGAAAUCCAGAAGAUCGCCCAUCGCAAACGCAUCCUGGCUUCGGUCAACGGCGGGACUACUAGCAACAGUAGCGGCGGUAGCAAUGGCAGCAGCGGCGCACAGACGCGUUCUACUUCUUCUUCGGCCCACAACAACGCGCGCAACAACGGCAACGGGCCCAGCUUGAACGAUCUCAACAAGGACCUGAACGCAUUGAAAUCAAAUAUUCAGCAGCUGAAAAGCGAGAUUCGAGAAAAAAUGCCGGAACAUCCACAAAAUAGCAACGGACUGCCUGCUGCGUCUCGUACAAGCGCAGCGUCGACACCGACUUCGAGUUCGGCUCAAGUUAUCGGCACGAAUGCAAAUACCACGGGUACUCUGAAAGCUCGUAAAAACAGGCCGGCGCCGCCUCCACCGCAGAAGCCUAAUGUCAAUACGCAAAAUGGCACUGCACAACCGACCGAGAAUCUCGAGAUAAGAGGACCGUCGGAAUUGUUAUUUGGCGUACCCUCGACUCUCAAAACUCAAUGGAGACACCAACCAAAGGAUCUAGUCACUGGGAACGUCAUCUACGUUGCUAACUAUUUGGGCUCGACGAUAGUAAAAGAAUUGAGAGGAACGGAAUCGAGCCUGAAGUCUAUACAAAAAUUGAAAAAAGUCGGAAGGGAUCCACGCUGCACACCAGAUAUUACGUUGUCGAUAUCAUUUCGAGGCGUUCGUUUCCUGAACACGUUGACCGAUGAACCCAUUUGUGAACACGAAAUUCGAAACAUUCAUUGCGCUUGUCAAGACGCCGACGACCUCACUCAUUUCGCUUACAUAACCAAAGACCACGCCAGUCAAACACAUUUCUGUCACGUUUUCUGUGUGCCAACAAUGGACCAAGCAACCGAAAUAAUUUUAACUCUGGGUCAGGCAUUCGAAGUAGCCUACCAAAUUGCAUUAAAGGAUAAAUUUGGCACUCAACAAGCAGUACGUUCACAAUCGGCUAACCAAUUAGCAACCUUGGCCAUGUCAAGUCCUAGCAAAGUCAUGAACUCGCCUUCGAGGGAAGGAAAACCUACGUACGACAACCACAUCAACGAAUCGAAUAAAAAUCACUACCACACCAGCACUAAUCCUAGGCCAAAAAGUCGAUCCAAGACCAUCUCCAAUCCAUUUAUCGUCAACUCCAAUAUGGACCCUCCACCUCAUCCACCGAAUAAUUAUCGUCACGCAAGUCCUCAUCACAAAACUUCAGCAGUCAAGAACCCCAACAACUCUCACUCCGGUGUAAAUGCCAACUCCCGGCCCAGUGCGAUUUCGAACUCGGUCAAGCUACUGGCGACUCACGGACGCUCUCACUCUGUGAACGAGAUCAAACUCAAUGGAAAUCAAAAUAAAAUCUCCUCUGCGGUUCCCGUCGAUGACAUUAGCAUAGGAGUUAAAGACAUGAAGGCUGGCUCGAGAGCACCCAUCGCACUGACCGAAGAGCUCUAAUCCAACAAGAAUAUUCUCCGCGCAUAUAAUCAACAUGAUUUCUAGUGCUUUAAUUUUGCCUCAUUUCCACGCUCAUUUUUCAAGCUCUCGUGUUAUAUAUUUGACCGUAAAUGUUGUAAAUAUAAAUUAUAAACGGAGCUACCGUGUUGUGAUGACAAGUCCUGGACGGACAAAAUGUUAAAACUUACGCGUUAAUACGUGAUGGCACAAAGCUGUGACAAGA